AUGAUCAGGAAUCCGAAUUAUACAAACUUUGUUUGCUGUGCUGUUUGUAAUAAAAUAAUUCCACCAGCCCCUUUUGGGGAAACCUUCAAACGGAUCCAUGAAUACAAGCCAUUUAAGACACGCUUUUACACUCACAAAGAUAUCCUGGAUAUUGGGAAAGAUGUUCUGAAUAAGGAAGAGCAGUUUCAGGAGGCCGCCCUCAAAGAACGAAUUGCACAGGUAGAAGCCGACGUAUGGGCUCAGGCCGAUAAACGCCAAAGACAAGCAGUGAAGAAAGCCCUCGAAGAAGCAAAUGACAUGUACAAAAUGCAAAUCCAGUUUCUGAAAGAGGAACAUGAGAAAGAGUUAAAGGAAAUGGCAGCUAGGACCGAGAUGCAGUUGCAUAAAAACCUGGAGGAAGAACUGCAGCGAGAACACUUGGCUGCUGAGCAGCGCAUGAUCCACAGGAUCCAGAGGAUCAUGAUGGAGUGCCACCGCGAGAAGGUCCGGGCCGUGCAGGAAGCCCGAGAGCAGGAGCGGCUCGUGGCCCAGGAAGAGGUCCAGGCUCAGAGAAGGAAGGCCGUGGAGGAACUUAUGAGCACAGGUGUCACGGUUGUGCAGGAUCAGAAGAAGAGUGUGAACCAGCUGGUAAGGGAGAAACAGCAUGAAAUCAAUCUCUACUACUGCAUGACUCAGAGGCAGAAGCAAGAGGAGGUUCAGGAAGUGCUUCAAGAAGCAGAGAAAACACAUCAGGCCAAACUCGGAAAUGUGAUGGACAAGCUGGUGAACACUCACGGGGAGCUGCUGUCCAUCGCGAAGCAGCUGGGGAUUAUGACGAACUGGAAAGACUUCCUGGAGGAAGAGUUACAGGAAACCAGGGCAGCAUUUCAAAAAUACAUCAAUUACACGUUUCCAAAGCUCUCGCCGGGACAAGCAGAUUUUAUUCUGCCAGAAAGAAAGAAGACACCCUCCAAUCUUAUUAUUCCGGCGAACCAAACAACUCCUGAUUAG